AUGAGUAGCAGCGAUUCGGACAAGUGCUAUAAAUGCAACGAGAAGGGUCACAUCGCGCGAAACUGCCCAUCGCAGACGCAUGACGGCAAUCGACGAGGAGCCUCUGGCGGUUUGUGCCCUUUUUUUGGGCAACUUGUAAAACUCGGCUCGUUUUUAUCUUUUUUUAAAGGACAGUGA